UAUUUUCGUUUUAUUUGCCCCUUUUUGUAAUUUUAUGAUUAAUUUCAAGUCUGUUGAAUCGCCAUGUAUUCUCAUUUCUCUCCUAUUUUUGGUUUGUUUGCCUCUUUUUUUGUUUUGUUUUUGAUUUCUUUCGAGCCAGUACAAUCGUUCCUUUGUAUACCAUGCCAUGUAUUCUUAUUUCUCUCCAAUUUCACAUUUCUUUUCCCCUUGUGGUAGUUUCUGUGUCCCCGAGUUUUCUUCCCCCGUCCAUCAUUGGUUAUUGGGCUCCCCCGGGUGAGAGCGAGCGAGCGAGCGGCGCGCUGCGCAGGCUGACUGGGAGGCGAGGCGGACUGUCGGGCAGGUAGGCAGCGUGUGCGCCAGGGCUGCUCAGUCUGCGCUGCUUUCAGCCGAGUACAUGCGCCGCUGGGCGAGUCACUGACUCCGUCUCUCUCUCUCUCACAUUUUUUUUUUUUCUCAAGCUGGAGAAAGGCAGACAGGGAAAAAGAGGCCGCCAUUACUGCCAGGAGUAAAUCCCUUAGCCCAGGCACAGGGGCUUGCAAUCCGGACCAGCCCAGGAGUGACAGACAUACAUACCGAGAAACAAACCAGUAAAGAUCAAAGCCAAAUAAGAAAUAUUUAACGACCACUUUUGAGAAAAGAUAAAAAAAAGUUUAGAACACGAGCCCGUUUUAAACGGCAAACAAAGGAAAGUAAACGAUACUUAAGACACAACGUGGUUCGCUUGGAUGCUUCAGACGCCUUUUUCUCUGCUCCGUGGACUACUCGGUUUGGUUGGUUUCGAGAGGCGCACCGGGAUUUGAUUUCUUGUUUUUUUUUUUUUUUUUAAAUUCGGUUCCGCCUCGCCUGUGUGUUUUUAAUUGCCACCAAGGAGUAGAAAGAUGGGAACAGCCAAGCCUUCCGAUACAAAGGUCCUGAUUUUUUAAAAGGAAAGAGAAAAAAGCAAAACGGAGACAGUUGGAAGUUUGAAAAGAAAACCUUGCACUUAAAUCACAUCAGUAAAGAAGAGACGAGCAAAACACGACGGGAAAUACGGAUAUUUUUUUUUUUGGGAGGAAUCUUUACUGUUUCUUGAUUGAUUUAUUUCUCGAAGCCGUGGCGGGUGUGCUUGCAGCUAGGAGCCGGGAAACAACGCCAGGACAAAAACGGAAUGACACGGCGCUUAUGUCUUGAGGUGCUCGGCCUGUGUGCACUCCAUGUGGUGAUCGUUCAAUUUUGGAUUCACAGGUGUGGACGUGUAUAACACCUUGCAAGUUUAUUAAGUCCAUCUCAGUGCAUGAAAGAGGCAAGUCUUAAUGGAAUGGUACUAAAGACUUCUGCUGCUGCUAGUCAUUGACAACAUCUUCAGGAAGAUAUGGGUCACACUUCAUCUCCGGACCAUCUACACCUCUAGUGCCUGUGGGAUUGUUGUCCCUUUUUUCUUUUUUCAUUCCCCCUGCUCCCUCCUCCCCAUUCCCUUUUACCCCUUGAACCCCAUUUCUCUCGCCUUCUUCAUUCCCCUGCCCAUUUCCUUAGUGCUCACAACCAAGAAGAGCACUAGUGUGUGGCACACAUGCUGAGCCGAUGACCACACCCAGCCCAAAGCUAUAUGGCCAGGAGGUGACACAUACCACUCACACAAGCUUCUAGGCAUGGCAGGAUGAGUGGUUACGCCCGAUGAUGAUGGCAAAAAAGCAAGAUGCCCGGCCACCCACCUACAACCUGGUUGUGGUCGGCUUGUCUGGGACAGAAAAGGAGAAAGGCCAGUGUGGAGUGGGAAAGUCCUGUCUCUGUAAUCGCUUUGUGCGCCCCAGCGCAGACGACUUUUACUUGGAUCACACCUCGGUGCUGAGCACUAGCGACUUUGGGGGGCGUGUUGUCAACAAUGACCACUUUCUUUUCUGGGGGGAUGUCCUCCGAUCACCUGAGGAAGGAUGGGAGUGUCGCUUAAAUGUGGUUGAGCAGACAGAGUUUAUUGAUGAUCAGACCUUCCAGCCUCAUCGUAGCACAGCUUUGCAGCCGUACAUAAAGCGGGCAGCUGCUACUAAGCUUGCGUCAGCUGAGAAGCUGAUGUAUUUCUGCACGGACCAGCUUGGGCUGGAACAAGACUUUGAGCAAAAGCAGAUGCCUGAGGGCAAGCUCUUGGUGGACGGCUUCCUGCUGUGCGUGGAUGUUAGUCGAGGGAUGAAUCGGAACUUUGAUGACCAGAUGAAAUUUAUUAAUAAUCUCUAUAACCAGUUGGCUAAGACCAAGAAGCCAAUAGUCUUGGUGCUGACGAAAUGUGACGAGGGCGUUGAGCGGUACAUAAAAGACUGUCAUACUUUUGCCCUCACAAAAAAGAACCUCCAGGUGGUGGAGACUUCGGCCCGUUCAAAUGUCAACGUGGACUUAGCUUUCCUCACUCUGGUGCAGCUGCUGGACAAGAGCCGGGGCAAGCCCAAAAUCAUCCCUUAUUUCGAGGCUCUGAAGCAGCAGAGCCAACAAAUUGCUGCGGCCAAGGACAGAUAUGAGUGGCUUGUCAAUCGCAUCGUCAAGAGCCACAACGAAACCUGGCUCAAUGUGAGCCGUCGGAUGAACACGUCCCCAGAAUACCAGGAAUACGUCUUCCUGGAGGGCACUCAGAAAGCCAAGAAGCUGUUCUUGCAGCAUGUGCACAGACUCAAACAGGAGCAUAUCGAGAGGCGGCGCAAGAUGUACCUCAGCGCCUUGCCUCAAGCCUUUAAUUGUCUCGUCCCCUGUCUAGAUGAUAUCGACCACCUCUCUUGGGGUGCGGUUCAACAGCUGCUGGAGACCAAGAGGGAAUUUUCCAACUGGUUUGUCAUCUUGGAGGAGACUCCAUGGGAGGCCACGACCCACAUAGACAACAUGGAAGAAGAGAGGAUCCCUCAGGACCUUUUGGAUACUCAGGAGGCAGAAAAUAUAUUUGAUGUCCACCUGGAGGUACUGCGCAAUGACCGAAAGCGAGAGGAAAUGCGGCAGCUCUUCAAAGAGAGCCUGGAGACAUCACCUUUUGUCACUCCUGGCAAGCCCUGGGAAGAAGCCCGCAGCUUUAUCAUGAAUGAGGACUUCUACCAGUGGCUCGAAGAGCCAGAGUACCUGGAGAUCUACAAUCGGCACCAGAAGGAAAUUAUUGACCACGCUAAGGAGGACUUCCAGGAACUUCUUUUGGAAUAUUCUGAACUCUUUUAUGAACUGGAGUUGGAUGCCAAACCCAGUAAAGAGAAAAUGGCGGCUAUCCAGGAUGUUCUGGGUGAGGAACAGCGGUUUAAGGCCUUACAAAAGCUGCAAGCUGAGCGGGACGCUUUGGUUCUCAAGCAUAUCCACUUUGUGUUCCACCCCACCAAGGAUACUUGCCCUAGCAGCUUUCAUUGCAUGGAAAACAAAAUUGAACACAUGCUGGCUUCACGUUUUAUCAUACGCCCAGAUAGUGCCAACCAAAAAUAUCAUUUAGAACAGGGAGACAGUAAAGCAGACAGGAUCAACCUGGUCAUCCUGGGCAAGGAUGGGUUAGCCAGGGAACUGGCCAAUGAAAUCAGAGCUUUGUGUACCAAUGACGACCGCUAUGUGCUUGAUGGCAAGCUGUAUGAGCUGUGCCUCCGGCCCAUCGAAGGGAACGUCCGCCUGCCGGUGAACUCUUUCUACACGGCCUCUUUUCAGCCACAUGGCUGUCUUUGCCUGUACAACUCAAAAGAAUCUUUGUCAUAUGUUCUUGAAAGCGUUGAGAAAAUCCGGGAGUCAACUUUGGGUAGGAAAGAGAACCACUUAAGUCAAAUUCCAAUGACUCUCAUCCUUGUAACAAAACGGGGAGUAGGUUCCAUCGGGGACAUAGGUGGGGAGACAGCCCACAGUUUGAUCGCCCAUGGACAGCAGGUGGCCAGCAAACUUCAGUGUGCUUUUCUAGAUCCUGCAUCUUCUGGCAUGGGGUAUGGAAAGAGUGUGAAUGAGAAACAGAUCACGCAGGUUCUCAAAAGUUUGCUGGACUGUAAACGAAACCUGAACCUCGUCAGUGGUGGCAGCGGUGGUGGUGGUUGUGGGUCCCCACCUCUUCAUCCCACUCCUAGUAUCAAAGACUUGCACCAACAGCAGCUUCAGAACCCAGAGGCUGACCUGCGCAUAGUCAUGUGUCUGAUGUGUGGAGAUUCCUAUGACGUUGAUCAGCUACUAUCCCCGCUUCUCAUGCCUCAGUACUGCAAACGUUCCCAGUUGUCCACCAGUGGAACAAGUUCCAUCUUGCUCGAGCUGUCAUUGAGUGGUCAGCGGCAAAGUAUUGAACUUUCCAUUCUUUCUUACCACUCUUCCUUUAGCUUACGUAAAAGCCGCCUUGUGCAUGGCUACAUCACGGUCUACUUGGCCAAGAGGAAGGCUUCAUUCGCCACCUUGUGUGCAUUCCUCUGUGAAAUUCAGGAUAUUAUCCCAAUCCAGUUGUUGGCGGUAGCCGACAGCCAGUCAGAGAUGACCGACAACGAGACGGCCAGAGAUCAGCUCAACCAAGGUGAAGAACUAGCUCAGGAAAUCGAAGGACGUUUUGCCAGCAUGGUUUGUGGGAAUAGCAGUAGUCUCAUUUUACAGCAGCAGCACAGGAUAGACCUCUUUUAUCCUUUCUUCAAGGAUGCGAUGGAGAAGAAGACCAUCGUGGAGGCCACCCACCUUUAUGAUAAUGUUGCUUGCAUCACUGAUGAGGUAGUUCACUCUCCCCGGGGAGGCUCUCCUAGCCCAAUAACUGCACUUCUGGAUUCUGAGGACGAUGUUGAGCCCUCCCCUCCUCCUCUUCCAGACGACUCAUCGCCUGGAGGACUGAAAAUGCCUUCGAACUGUGACUUGGAAGAUUCCUUCCCCCUAUUCACAGAGAUGACCAGUUUAGACAGCAGACUCAACAACAAGGUAGCUCCUCCUGUCAAGCCAAAGCCCGCUGUCCACUUUGAUUUUCGGAAAUUCAGUCACAGACGCUCUCUUCCAUCCUCAGUUUCAUGGGCUCCACCUGUGGAUGGGGGCUAUGAUCCUUCCGACUACGCCGAGCCCAUUGAUGCUGUAGCAAAGCCUCGGCUCAGUGAGGAGGAAAAUAUCUACUCUGUGCCUCACGACAGCAAACCAGGAAAGAUCAUAACCAUCCGCAAUAUCAAGUUACAAUCCAAUGGGGGUGGAGGAAAUGGUUCAGACAGUGAGGCAGAUAGUAGUUCUCUAGAACGGCGGCGCAAAAUGUCUGUAACUGGCAAACCCCGCCUCUACAGGGACCGCUCAAAACGACUAGGCAAAUUCGGAAGUUUUCGUACUAGCUUCUCCAUCGGCAGUGACGAUGAACUCGGGGGACCACCGAGGAAGAAGGCGGAAGAUGAAAGCAGCACACAAAAGGGCAGCAACUCUGUAAUUGAGAUCGAGGGUGAGGACAAGAAAAGGAAUCUUCUCAAGAGUCUGCGCAGGACAAGCAAGAAACCCAGGCAAAAAUCUCGACCUUCUAUCACCAAACCCCCUCUGGAGAGCAAUUACUUUGGUGUUCCCCUAUCCAACGUGGUGUCGGUAGAGAGGCCCAUCCCCUUAUUCAUUGAAAAGUGCAUCAGGUACAUCGAAGGCACAGGUAUAAACACAGAAGGACUUUAUAGAGUCAGUGGGAACAAGGCAGAGAUGGAGAGCAUGCAAAGGCAGUUUGAUCAAGAUCACAAUCUGGACUUGGCUGAGAAGGACUUCACAGUGAACGCCGUGGCGGGUGCCAUGAAGAGCUUCUUUUCGGAACUACCUGAUCCCCUGGUGCCAUACGCCAUGCAGGUGGAGCUGGUGGAGGCGCACAAAAUCAAUGACCGGGAGCAGAAACUCCAUACGCUCAAGGACGUCCUGAGGAAAUUUCCCAAGGAGAACUACGAUGUCUUUAAAUAUGUAAUCACCCACUUAAACAAAGUUGGCCAGAACAGCAAAGUCAACCUGAUGACCAGCGAUAACCUGUCCAUUUGCUUUUGGCCGACGCUUAUGAGGCCGGACUUCACGACCAUGGAUGCCCUGACGGCUACGCGCACCUACCAGACAAUCAUUGAGCUCUUCAUUCAGCAGUGCCCGUUCUUCUUCUACAAUCAGCCCAUCACAGACGCAUCGGGGUUCCUACCCGGCUCCCCCACCACUCUGGUGUCCGGCCCCAGCUAUCCUUCUCCUUCUUCGUCCACUUCCACCGCGGUCGUCCCUUUCAGCCCAGGCCUCUCAUGCCAGCCUUCCCAGCAGUCUCCACCUCACUCACCACCCCCCACCCCUCAGUCUCCUCUGCAACCCUUCCUGACCUCUUUGCAGCCCCAGCCAGCAGAACAACAGACGCUGUGAAAGAUGACUUGGUAGAGGGGGUAAGAAUUUAACACGUGGAAUUGCGAGUGAGCCACACGAAGAAAAUUAAACGGAAUGAGAAUCCAUCCUUGGAAAGAAAAAAAAAAAAA